UCGGCGUCUAGUAGCACAGACGUCCGCAAGCAGUUAAACAUGGCGGAGGUCUCUCCCUCAGGGUCUCCAAGCUCGCGAGGGCGGGCAGACGAGCAGGAUGCCGAGCCUCCGGAGAAGUGCACGGCGGAAAUGGCGAGAGAGAAUCAGGAGCAGUUUGAGUGCCAGCAGCUGCUCGAGUGCCAGGUGCAGGUGGGGCCUCCCGAGGAAGAGGAGGAUGAAGAGGAGGAUGCGGACCUGGUGACCGAGGCCGAGGCAGUGGCCACCGGCUGGAUGCUGGACUUCCUCUGCCUUUCUCUUUGCCGGGCCUUCCGCGAUGGCCGCUCCGACGACUUCCACCGGACCCGCGACAGCGCUGAGGCUAUUAUUCAUGGACUGUCCAGUCUAACAGCUUAUCAGUUGAGAACUGUAUACAUAUGUCAGUUUUUGUCAAGGAUUGCAGAAGGAAAAAGCCUUGAUGCACAGUUUGAAAGUGAUGAACGAAUUACACCCUUGGAAUCAGCCCUGAUGAUUUGGGCUUCAGUAGAAAAGGAACAUGAUAAACUUCAUGAAGAAAUACAGAAUUUAAUUAAAAUUCAGGCUAUUGCUGUUUGUGUGGAAAAUGGUCAUUUUAAGGAAGCAGGAGAAGUUUUUGAAAGAAUAUUUGGUGACUCAAAUUCUUACAUGCCUUUAAAAAGGAAGUUGUGUAUGAUAAUAUCUCAGAAAGAUACAUUCCAUUCCAUUUUUCAACACUUCAGCUACAACCACAUGAUGGAGAAAAUUAAGAGUUAUGUGAAUUAUGUGCUAAGUGAAAAAUCGUCAGCCUUUCUAAUGAAGGCAGCAGCAAAAGUAGUGGAAAGUAAAAGAGAAAGAACAGCUUCUCAAGAUAAACCUGAUAGUAAUGAUAGUGAAAUGGGAACUGAAGCUAAUUUGGAUGUAGGAAAAAGUGUUAGUGACAAACAGUCUACGGUAAUUGAAUCCUCAGGAGAUACAGUAUCCUUACUGAGGUGUCACAAGAAUCUCUUAACUAUAUUGAAACUUGGAAGCCGACAAGAAGAUUUUAAUAAGGAGGAAAGACUGAAAACUCUUCAAAGUGAAACAAAGAAGAGAAGCAGUAGACUAACCAUUAGAAGCCAGAGAAUGCAUGUUUUAAACAGUCAGCCAGGAACCCCUGCAAAAUACCGAUCUAGAAAAAGAAAGGCCUGGCUUUGGGACGAAGACAUGAAUCUGAAAUCUGGAGUGAAGAAAUAUGGAGAAGGAAAUUGGUCUAAAAUACUGUUACAUUAUAAAUUCAACAACCGAACAGGCGUCAUGUUAAAAGACAGAUGGCGGACUAUGAAAAAGCUAAAAUUGGUUCCCUCAGACAGUGAAGACUGAAUGUGUUUGUAAAAGAUUAAUAGAGGACAGUUAAGUAUUUUGAUCACUUUUUUUGUUUGAACUUGGUGGUUAUUGGUGUAUCUUAAAACUUUUGUUUAAAACAUUAAUAUGAGGAUUUGUGCUAUAAUAGUAAGAUUAUUUGUCAUCACUGUUAUUUUUUAAGAAUCUUGUUAUGUGUAUAAAAUUUAAGUUUGUUGAACCCUGGUGAUUUCAGUACCCUUACUCCCAAAUCCUGUACCAGUUAAAAAAAUGAAAACCUGGUGUAACAGAAAAUAAAAAAUUUCUGUUAACCCAUUACGUGUCUGUAGGCUGACUUCAGCUCCAUAACACACACAUGAAGUUUCUAAAUCAGUAAUCCUAGGCCUUUGACGUAAGAGGUAAUGACUUGAUUUAUGGCCUUAAUAAUUAGUAAGACUUUUGUUUAUAGAAUAGUAAAUUUUCAAGGUAAUCUGUGAGUUGUAACUAACUUAGAUUUUCCUUUCAGAAGUUUCAUAUAAAAGAAAUACUUGAAAAUAGCAAUACCCAUAGGACAAAAUUUGUACUAUUACCAGGAACAGCUUCAUGUCUUAUUUAGGUACAUCUGACUUUUGUUCCAGUGUUAAAACUUUGACGAAGGUGGUUUUAAAUAAAGCUUCUUUGUAAGCUGGUGCCAUAAUACCAGUUUCUUUGAUAUUUCCAUUUAACAUACCAAUAAUGGGCUUAAAUGGAUUCUAUAAGUACUUAAGUUGGUAUUAAUCAUGAUCAUUUUAACAUCUAUGAUAAAUAAGUAAAGUCAUACAUACCUUACAGGAAAAUUUUGAUAUUUUUUUUCUGCAUUCUAUUCUUUAGAGGAUUUAGUCAAAAACUGAUAGUUACUUAGCAUUUUGAGUCACAUAUGCUUUAUUUAACAAGUGAAUGAAAAUACUGAAGUAUUUGCAUAAAAGUUAAAUGGCAGUGUUUUGUAAUCUAUAUUUCAUUUACUGUUCAAGUUCUACACGUUACUUUCCCAUUGUUCCUGGAUUUGUUGUCCCUAUAAACAGAGUAAACAAAUAUGUAUAAUUACUGUAAGCUUCCUGAUUGAGUCUAUCCUUUUACACCAAUCAUUAUGGUCAUUGUGUUUAUUGCAGACAUUUUUCUGGUCAAAGUUAGCAGUGUGAGCCAAAAUGGACCUGUAAGUCAACCUCAUCAUUCCAAACAUACCAUAAAUCAUCAAAUCUAAGUUGCCGUUAACUGUAAGACGCUCAAUUAUUUUAUGUGCCAGCAGAAAAGAUCAUUUUAAUUAAAGUAUGGUGCUUUGAUAUUUAGAAUUUUACUUAUUUAAAAAACUAUAUUUAUUUAAACAGAUUUUUUUCAUGUAACUUGUGAAUAGAUAAGAAAAAGCAAAUUGGGUGGUGUAUUUCCUAAACUUCCUUAUCUUAAAUCCUAAUCUUCUGAAUUACUUUUUUGAUGGAAGUUUUUGUUGAGAUGAUUGUAGAUUCAUAUGCAGAUGUAAAAAGUGAUAGGUUCCUCACAUAUUUGUUCCAGUUUUGUUCAAUACUCAUUUUUUUUUCCCCCAAUACUAAUUUGUAAAACUAGUAAUAUCACUGUCAGGAUAUUGAUAAUGAUAUAAGCCACCAAUCGUACUCAGAUUUCUCCAGUUUUACUAUGUAUGUGUGUGUGGUGUGUAUACUUAGUUGUGACCAGUUUAUUGCUAUGUGCAUUCCUGUGUCCAGCGCCAUAGCUGUGGGGCCUCCCAAGGCUCCCUCCUGUUGCUGCUCCUCUACCUCCUUCAUCACUUCUCCAAUCCCUGGAAACCACUAGUCUGCCCUCCAUUUCUACAAUUUUAUUUUAAACUGUUACAUAGAAAUUGACAUCACCAAAAAUGGUGGAAUAGGAAGUUCCAAAGAUCCUUCCCUUUCCUGAAGCAGCUAUUAAGCUUGGCAAAAACUUAGGAUCAACAUUUUGAAACUGAAAUCUAAUAGAAGCUUAAGACCAACAGGGAAUGCUUUCUUAAGAGGCUACUCGAUUUCAGUAAGAGGAUGUUGGUGUUUUUGCUCACCCCACUUAGGGACAUUGGCUCACGUUCUGGUGCAGCUUGAUGGUGCCAGAGGGGCCAAUAUAGAACUUGUUCUCAUAGAAUUGUGGCUGUGUGUUUUACCCUCUCUGGUAGUUUCCCUGAGGGUUCAAUUCAGAAGUUUGCUUUUGUCUUUUCCCUGCCAAACUCCUGGGGUCUGAGACAGCAGACAUGGCAAGCAACAGAUGAAAAUCCUGGGAAGAAAGAUGUGUGGGGGUAAAGAGCUGUGAAGGACUCUCCAGUAAACCAGUGAAUUCAGAAGGCCACAUACAUACUCAGGACUGGAAAGUCCCAGAAAAGACCUGGGAAGUCCCUAGGCCUCCACCUUGAAUGAGCUUUGGGCUUUACAUGUGCAGGAGUGAAAGCUAAGGCAGAGCUAUUAAGUGGCCUGGCUACAUGUUGAAUGACCCACUCGGAGCCAAUCUGCAAAGCCCAGAGAAGUAUCUUUGGAUUUUUCUCUUGAGGCACUUAAAGAAACUAAAUGAAAUACUCUAAUGUAUAAUUUUUUGCCAUCUUUCACCCAACAUAUAAAUGUGGUUGUAGCAUGUUCAUUUUCAUUUGUAUACAGUAUAUAUGUGAUUAUAUUGCAGUUACCAUUAUGCAGUUACGCAUUUGAGUUGGGGAAAUUAAGGCCACACCAAAAAGAAGAGAGGCUGUUUAUGCAGAACUUGCUGUACUAAGGGACUCAGCCACCAUCACUUGUAUUUGGCAGAGACGCAGGCAGAGGCUUACAGAGGGGGAAGCUUUAUGGUGAAAAGGGCUUCAGACGUUCUCUGACUGGAGGCAGUUGGCAUGAGGAAGUGGGAGGGUGGCCGACUAUCAGCAGGCAUCCCAAUGGGACUGUUCUAGGGAACAUUUGGCUUUCUCUGAUUGGUCCUGGAUUAAAAGUGGGGACAAAAAAUAAGGUUGUUGGCAGUCAUCAGCCAGGUCCUGACAGGUUUGGGUGGGCUUCUGCCAUGGUGUGGCUCCCUGCCCUACACUGGUUGCUGCAGUCGUGCGUCAGUUUGUUGUCAUAAGUUGUGUGCGCUGUCCACUUACAAAUUCAGUCUCUCAGGUGUUUCCAGUUUAUGACUGUAAGGCUUUUCAAGUUUACAUGAGUAUUAGGAUAAUAGUAACUUAAAUAAACUGAAUAAUUAAUAACUUAAACAGUAACUUAAAUAAACUGAAAAGUUACAUACAUACAUUUGUAACCCCUAAAGCAACCAUAUAAAAGAAGAUAACAUAGUCAAUAGAUGGGUUAAAAUGGAAUCUUAAAAAUUACUAAAGCCAAAGAAAGCAAAAGGGAAGAGGUAGCAGGAAGCAAAACAAACUUAGGAAUAAACAGGAAAAAAGUGGUGCACCAGAAUCCAACCACAUCAAUAAUUACAUUAGAUGGCAGUGGUCUCAGCCAGGGCUUCGGCAAACUUAGUCUAUAAAGGGCCAGUUAAAAUACUUUAGGCUUUCAGAGCCACAUAGUCUUUGCCAUCUCUGCUUUGGAAUUAGCCAUAGACAAAUACCUAAAUAGGUGGGCACAACUAUCUUCCAUUAAACUAUAGUUAUAGAAAUAGCAGGCAAGAUUUAACCUGCAAGCAGUAGUUUGCUGACUGAGCUCCUAGAUUUUGGUUUAUUCCUUAAAUAUGUUGGACUAUGUUCUGAUAUAUAUUUGCUUCCAAAUCUGGGAAUUUACGUUAAUCUCAUUUUUUCCUUCCAGGCUUGGAAAUUUCCAAGUUUAGAACCACUUUAAAAGUGGGUUUGGGUAUCUAAAGACCAGCCGGGUGAUGAGAAUUUGGGCUGCACAUCCUCAGGACAGCUGACUGAGGUAACAACCUCUUAGAGUUAGGCCCAAGGCAGUGCUCCCACUAUUCUUUAGGGAGAAGGGGGAGAGUUUUGAAUUUACUUCCAGUUCAGUCGCCCUCUAAGACUGAGGAAGAGAGGGCAAUAAAGGAACUAAGGAUUAUAAAACCACCUACAGCCGGCUGGUGGAGAGGAAACUGGCCAGAGGGUGCAGGCUGUGCUGGACUAGCAGCCCACAUCACUGGCAGUGGGGAAGGACAGGGUAGCCAGGGGGCUCAGCUGGAACUUACACAGAGCUCCACAUAGGAUAAUGGGAGGAGGGCCACAACUGGAAGGGAAUGAUCCUCCUGCCAUUAUCAUUCCAGUCACUCCAGAUCCCUCUAUUGACAGUUUAAGUUACCAUGUCACGAGAUAUUUAGAGUCCAGCUCCAGUAUCGCAAAGCAGUUUACCUUCUGUUUUUCCUCCUUCAAGCAAGGAGGAUUUGGGGCCAAGAGCUAAUAAACUGGUAUCUGGCACCAAGGUACUGUUUUUGUUUAAAUGUCCCCCCUGAUACCACACAUACCUUCAUGUCAAAAUACUUGAAUAUUAAAGUCUUUAUUUAAAUAUAUCCUGUGUUGAAGAGCAGAAAUAGUUGAUACAAGUAAUGUGAUAGUUUAUAUGAACUACAACUCUUAAAAGGAAAUGAGUAAUAAUUUUCCAGUGUUUUUAUGUUAUUUACAAGAGAAUUACUUAGUGUUUUCCCUUCCCACUUGACUCCUUGAAGACUCAAAUUCUCCUGCUCCUGUGGUCCUGAAAUUUUGUGGCCAACUGUUUUUUGCUUUCUCUCUUGAUCUCCUUACUGAUAUUUUUCUUUUUUGUCCUUAAAAAAAAAAAUCCUUUAACUGUAGUUUUUUGGGAAUUAGGAUAUAAAGGAGGUAAAUAUAUGUUCAACCUGACAUGUUUAACUGAAAAAAAAGAAAACUAUUUUGGACUCUGAUAGGCUUCUGAACCCUUGUACCUUUUAAAGUGUGUACCUUGCGUUCACACUUUCAUAGUAGUUUGGCCAAUCUACAAUGCCAGUUUCAAGAUUACUUUCCCUCAGCUCAUGGAGCCUUUAUUUAUUAGAUUUCAAGCAUCCACAGAUGCAGAUGAGAAAACUGAUGUCUUCUCAAGGGUCUCUUGUUCCAUUGUAGGUAAUCUGUUUUUCUUUCUCUGAAAGGUGUUAUAGUCUUUUCUUUAUCCUUGAUUUUUAAAUUUCAUGAAUUUUUCUCUAGGGGUGGGGAUUUUUAAAAGUUUAUCUUGUUUGCUAUUCAGUGGGACUCCCUCCGUCCCCCAGAAAGAAUGGCUCUCACCUCUGUACCUUCUUUUUCUACAUGUUUUAAGUGGGCUAGUCCGUCCAUUCUGCUUUAUCCAUUAGGAAAAUCCCACUUGCUUGCAAUCUGCAAAAAAAUUCUUCAAAAUCUCUGGGCUGAUUCCCAACCACCCCCUUCCUCAUCUAUUACAGAUUUACUCUUGUCAAUCCUAUAAUGGGAUUUCGGGGAAGAGAGAGAGUAAACGUGUAUCUAUCUGUCACCUUGAUGGAAGUUUCUCUUCUCUUUCAAUGUGCUCAUCCUCUGAUUGCUUAUACCGCAGAAUGCCAAGGUCUUUGCUUCCCCGAUCAGCUUGCGGUCACUUGUAUGAACCUUCACUAGGCUAUUAGAGGGCAGAACCAUUCUAUUUUGCAUCAUUUUUGUGUGUACCUAGAAAAAUAGCUACUUAAAAAUUUUAUACUAGAAUAGAACUAAACAAUUUAAGUUGCUGAUAUUGCUAUUUUUAAUCACAACAUUCUCAGAAACAUCCCAAGAAAGACCCUAGGUAAGUGUGAUUGUAGAUCACCUUCUGCCUUUUCCUCUUUUCCUUCUCACUCUUUCUUAUUCACUUUCCUCUUCUAAAUGAGCACCAUCCCUAACUUUUCCCCCUAUUUUUCCCUGAGCAUAUAUUUAUUUUUGUUCAAAUUAGUUUGCACAUGCACUUUUGAAAAUCUGUCAAGUAAAAUUCUGGGGUCUGUAAAUCAUUGUAGAGUAUCUGAGGACGGGACCCUGACGCUAAGGUUCUCAUUUAAAAGUAUUCUUAAGAGGUCUUAGAUAAAAUAAAAACUUUGAAAAUGAAAACUUUUUUGAUUUUUUCAUUAAUCAGAAUAUGUUUCAGUUCUGAACUGUCUCCUUGGCUUUGCUAGAAUUAAUAACAAGCUUUUCUAAACCAUUAUUUAAUAGUUAAGUCUUCUAGCCUAGAAAAUUCCUCUCCAGAAUGAAAAUAACAAAAAUAUACUUCAAUAUGAAAGCAGUUAAUAGCCAUAUACUAAAAUAUGUGUGGUGAAAAAUAUAUUCUAUACAACUCAAAUAUGUUAAAUGUUAUAACACGUAUUGGGACAAUAAAUAUAUCUUCAUGUUAUUGCUAUUCGUUUUCAUACCUAUGCCUAUCAAUUCUGAAGGUUUUUUGGCUUGUUUUUGGUGAAAUUUUGUUCAUUCUCUGACCAGUCUAGAAAAUUUGGGUAUUUUCUAGCUAAACAAGUAAAGAGCUCUUAAAAAUGUGAAUAGAAAGUUUAUUUACCAGUAUAAAAAUUGUAAGUAAAAUUGAAAAUUACCCAGGUAUGCCUUCAAAAAUCUUGCUUUUACAAGUGUUAGAAACGGUCUUCAAAUGUUAAUACUGAACUGAUAGUCAAAGUUCCUAACCUUGAUGAGACAUUUUUUAUUAUUAAUUUCUGAGGAAUUUAAUUUACCACAAAAACAACUCUGACAGUUAAGUGAAUAUAUACUCAGAAAUACUGCUAUUCUCAGCAUUAAAUAUUAGGAAGUUUCCCAUCCCUGUUAAGCUUGCUGUUGUCAUCCUGUCAUUACAUGAUAAGCACCAAGAAAUAAGUAUUUCAGUAAAUCAUUUGUUAAUGAAUAUUUUACAGAAAUGAAACCAAAAUAAUUUCAUCUAUAGUUUAAGUUUCAAGAUGCAGUUCUCCAAAGAAAAUACUCUGAUUUUAAAACUUGUUUCAGAACUGAAAAAGGCUGACCUUUUUUACAGCAUACUUUUAUACAGAAAAGUAUAGUCAAACUUUUCAUCAAAAUUGAGUCCUAGAUGAGAAGCUGACGUUUGGCCCUGUGAUGAAUUUUCAGAAUGAUUUGUUAUCCCAGCUCCUUAAACAAGCCUUUGUUUCUGAUUUGUCUGAAUCAUUGGUUUUCUGAUUCAUUGGUUUUUGUCUCUGAAUCACUGGUUUUCUGAUCAUAAAAUAAGACUGAUACUUCUUUGUGUAUGUAAGACCAUCAUAUUUGUAAUCAAAUCCUUGCUUUCCAUAAUCUAUACCUUUGCCUUCCACCCCAAACAUAAGAAAAUGUAUGCUGUAAGGAAAAAGUAGUAAGUUAAUUUCAACUAAACUUAAAGCAGGACUCUGAAAGAUUAUUUAUCAGCUUCAAUGUUUAAGCCUUAGAAAUCAUCUCAGAUGCUAAUGAUGGAAGAAUUCUCACAAUAAAAACAAUUGUUUCAUUCA